AACGCGUCUGAACUAGUGACCACUACCUUGUACCUUCAUGGCAGUAUUCUCUAAGAUUUUUCCUUCUCUCGCCACUUCAUACAUCGUGCAAGCUGUCUUUGCACUUGUUUUUGUGCCGCAACGGAAUGAGAAGUAUUAUGACCUUGGCGGAGCUGUUGGGUUCAUAUCCACAACAUUUGCCUCGCUGUAUUAUCCCUCUCUGCGGGAAAGCGUUAUGGGAGGCAAAUUUCUGCCGCUUCCACCGUUAUCACAUUUUGCCCCUCGACAACUCAUACUCUCUGCUGCACUCGGCAUUUGGAUUACAAGAUUGGGGUCAUUCUUGGUCCAGGCAUUUAAAGCAGGCGGGGACUCUAGGUUCGACGAAGUCAAGCAUAAACCGGUUCAUUUUACAUUUUAUUGGUUCAUGCAAGCUACCUGGGUAUUCAUCGUUGGUUUGCCAGUUUAUCUGGCGAAUACGAUCCCGAAAAACGUCCAUCCACCAAUGAGCACCCGGGAUUAUUUGUCUAUUGGCUUAUUUGCUAGUUCGUUCUUCUUCGAAGCUCUUGCCGACCGCCAAAAGACCAUUUGGCGACGUAGAAGAGAUGCGAAGGAGCACGACGAAAAGUUUAUUACUUCUGGUCUAUGGAGCCUUAGUCGGCAUCCAAAUUAUGUUGGCGAAGUAGGUAUAUGGGCUGGUAUAUGGGGCCUUUCCACCACCGCUCUGCAAACACCAUAUUUCUCCCGAGGAACAGUGGCUAUUGCUGCUAUUAGUCCGAUAUUCACAUAUUUUCUUUUGAGAAAGCUUUCUGGGGUCCCACCCCUUGAGAAAGCCGGUGACAAGCGAUUUGGGACUGACCCUAAAUGGCAUGAGUAUAAACGGACUGUACCCAUCUUCUGGCCAUGGUCUUCUGCCCGAGAGUGAAACAAAGAUCCCCUCGCGCAAAUCAAGCACCAAAAGUUCUUUGUCCUUUCAUCUUAGGAGAGUUCCAGGCAGGCUAACAAAGGAAUAGUUGAUUGUGCAAGUUCGUGUAACUAAUAAGUAUAC